CUUCUCCCGUCUCCUCCCAUACCCAACCAGCCGCCGCCGCCACUCCACCUUCCCUCCUCGCAUCGCUUCAUGUCGCCGCCGGCGGCGCCAGCCCCCUCCAUCUAUCUCUCACCGGAUCCCUCCCCGUCUACCCCACCCCAUGCCCCUUCCCAUUCAGGUCGCGCCCUCGAGCUGCGGCGGCCCAAUCCUGCCUCUCGAGAUGACGCGGCCGUGGGGGUGGCAGGACCGACUGGCGGGUUUGGAACCCCCCGAGGUCGGGGGCGGCGGGCACGGAUCCAGCUCCGCGGCCAGUCUCGUGGGGAUGGUGAGCGGCAAGGCGGAGCUGAAGACGGACGUGCCCUUCACGCUAGACGACGGCAUCGACCGCAUCAAUUGCAUCAAAUUGUGCUACAUUGUUCUUCCCUGGGGGAAUUGGUGCAAAAUCUAUACCAAAACAAUUUCAAGUCCAGGACUAAAGCCUAUUGAUACUUUAAAGAUAUCAGCAUCAUGCCGGUGCAAGGUUGGGUGGUUAGUCCGUGUUACUUGAGAUUGAAGUCUUUUAGCAGGAAUUACUUGGGUCCGUAUAGCUUCCUGGAAGGGUGCUGGUGUUGGAGACUAAAAUCAGCUAGGAUAUUUUUUCAUGGAAGUCAUGUUACUCAAAAAAAAUUCUCAUGGCUCUUUCCAGAUAUGCUUGUGCUGAUUCGAUAUUAAGCUUUGUUUUGUGAAAUCAGACUAAAUUGUUGAUACUCUGUAUUAUGAUGUGAACAAAUGUUAAUUUAUGAAUGAAUAUAAUUUGGUUGUCU